AUGUCAUGGAGGCAGCAGAGGGCCCCGCUCCAGCGGCGCAAGCGCAACCCGGGGCCGGAGCAGAGUUUUUUUGCAGCAGGAAGCGAAAGGGUGGUCUUUGCAGAGGAGAUUCUUGAGCAAUGGGAGUGGCGUUUUGGGGCCCGAGCUGCCAAGCUAGAAGACCCAGCUGCCGUGUUCGUGUCUUCUGCCUUUCGCCGGCGUCCCUGCCCCGGCUCGAGCCGCGCAAAGUUGGCCCGAGCCGAGCCCGCAGCCGGCACGCCGCUCCUGCGAUGCUGCCAAAAAGGGGCUGCGGUUCCAGGCGAAGCGAGUCUUCAAAGGCCCCCGUGGAAAUUUCUUAUGGAGUGUGAGAGAAAUCGGAUCUUGGCGGAGGGUGACGUGCCGGCCUUGGUCCGUCGCUUCUACAGCCUGCAGAGUGAACGCGUGGAAGCCUACCGCCUCUUUGAGGAAGGCCACCGAGCGUACCUGAGAAGCGGCCCUUCUUACGACUUCGUCCGCUACCGUCAGCUGGUGCACGAGAUCACGCAGGCCUUCAGCGGGAUCUCGCGGGAAAUCCUGGAGAUCAAAGGACAGCUGGAGGGUCCCCACGGGCGGCCAGACCUCGCCCAACACUUGAGACGCAUCCAAGAGAAGGAGAAGGAGAAACUCGAGCUGACAGCGGAACUGCAGCUUGCCAAGCAAAACGCGCAAGACCAUCCUGGCACAGACACCCACGAGCGAGAGGUGCGGGAGCUGAAACAGAAGCUAAUUCAAACCAUCGAGGCAAUCAGCGAAAUUCUCCAGGACUUCAAGUACGAUUCGGAGGAGAACGGUUGACGGGACGUCCCGAGGGAUCGGCCGCGGCGGAGCCGGGGGGAGGGAU